AUGGCUACGGAGAGACAAUACGAUCUGGUUCUUUUGGGCCCAACUGGCUAUACUGGCCGUCUCUGCUCAGAGCAUAUCGUCCAGAACCUCCCCACCGAUCUAAAAUGGGCAAUUGCAGGUCGUUCGCCGCAGAAGAUCCAUCCAAUUGCUGAGGAGCUCAAGAAACUCAACGCGGACCGUGUCCAGCCAGAUGUUCUUGCCGUGCAGCUCAACUCAAGCGAGUUGAAUGAGUUGGCGCAGAAGACAAGACUGAUUAUCAAUUGCGUGGGACCCUAUCACCUUUACUCAACUCCGGUGGUCGAGGCCUGCGCUACGCAUGGUACCCACUAUGUUGACGCGACCGGUGAGACCCCAUGGGUGAAGCUGAUCAUCGACAAGUACCACGAGACAGCCAAGAACAAUGGAGCGAUUAUUAUCCCUUCCGUUGGUGUCGAGAGUGCUCCAGCAGACGUACUCGCUUGGGCACUGGUCAAGCACGUGCGGGAGGAGUUAGCAACCGAAACCCGUCAGAUUGACUGCUGUAUCAAGGAGAUGAAGACAUCGGGUGCCAGCGGUGGCACGCUGAACACCAUUCUCAGCAUCUUCGAUUGGCUGCCGCCCUCCGAGGUGAUGAAGUCUCUGAAUCCUUUCUCGCUUGCAGCGUCUGCUCCGCCGAAGGAUAUCCCCAGCGAGUCCCUUAUUUCCAAGCUUGUCGGUGCUCGCUGGAUUCGAGAUCUCGGCACAGUGACCACGUCGCCCUCUGGCAUCGCCGAUGUGACCAUUGUGCAUCGCAGCAGCACUUUGAUGCCCGAGCUCUACGGCAAGCGAUUCUUCUUUCGCCAAUUUUUGCACGUGCGCAACUCUCUUAUCGGCAUUGCGGUGCACCUUGGCUUCCUCGUCGGAGUCUCGCUUCUAAUGAUCUCUCCCAUCCGCGCGCUGGUGCGUAGAUUUAUCUUCGCUCCAGGACAAGGUCCUACUGCCGAGUCGUCUAAGAAUGACCGCCUCGAGUAUCAUGCGGUUGCCACCGCUGAUCAGGAAGGCCCGGCGCCCAAGCGCGUCUUUGGAAAAUUCAGCUUCGAAGGUGGCAUGUACUUGUUGACCGGUUUGCUCCUGGCUGAAGCGGCAAUUGUCAUUCUCAAUGACGAAGAACGAGUGAAGAAGACUUCACGUGGCGGCAUCGUCACAUCGGCAACUUUGGGCCAAGACUUUGUUGACCGCCUCGAGAAGGUUGGAUGCCGUAUUGACACGAAGACAUUCCAACACUAG